AUGUGUACAUCUCUUGUGCAAAAGCUUUAUCUGCUCCUCCUUGUGGGACUCUUCCUGCCGUGGCAGAUUCUGACCCAUCCGGUCUACGGUGAAAGCCAUGCUCGAUCCUUGAUAAGCCCAACCCUCGAGUCUUCUGAUCCCGCUGUAAUCCAUGAGAGAGGAGGCAAGCUAUGCGGCCUGUCUUGUCGACGACCAGAUGGAGAAGCUCAAGCGAAUAACAGGGCCGGUUCCUUCGGGAGUGGGAGUAGUAUUGAGCUUCAACCGGGCGCCAUCGGUGCAGGGAGCGAAACGCUCCGUCUUUACAGAGAAGUAAAACGUAAACAGGAGUUCUUUGUGAAAACAGGCCACAGCAGAUUUUGGGAAAUCAAUCAGGACAAUCGGAACGAGCGCCAGGUGUACUCGACGGGCGUCUGCUUCGGAUGUACCGUGGUGGUCGUUGCGUCUGGAAGAGGCAUUUAUUUGCAUCAUUUCCGGCAGGAGGUGGGCACGUUGAACCCCUUUGAGGACCCCAAAUCAGAGAACUUUGUUGAGCACGUUUUGGGCCCAUUUGAUGACCACCUACACGCAUACAAGCGGUCGUUUGAAGGUCAGCGGCCGUACAUGGUGGUUGCGACACCUGGUUUGGACCAGCCCCAGUACCAAAAUGCAGUGAAUCUCCUGAGAGACAGCUUCUCACGUGAGUUCAGCGGCGGCGAAGUGAUAGUUCAACCUUAUAGGUUAAGGUCGAUGGGUGAUUCUGCAUUGAGAGACACCGCGGCUGGGAAAAUUGUCCUCCAGUGGUUGCCUCCUUCCAACGGCGGCGAUCAUCGGUUGAUUGCGCGUGUGGAGGACAAUGUUGUCCUCAAUGCGCAUUACAACGGUGCCGGUCAGUUGCUGUCUUAG